AGUAUAAUCGAUGCAAUGAUUUCAUCAUAAAACUACUUCUACCAUCCUUUUCUUUUUAAAGCCUCUGAUAUAUUUACAGAGUUUGCAGUAUCAUUCUCUUCAACUAGCUUAGCUUACUAUGGCUUCUGUCGAACUCAAUUUCGCUGUGGUUUUCUUCUUUUUGUUUCAUCUUCUAAUUCUUCCUAGAGCAUUUAAUGCAAGCUCCCUUAAGGGAAACCAAUCUAAAUGUGUGUUUGAUGGAAUUUACCAGUUAGGUGAUUCAAUAUCAGACACAGGCAAUUUGAUUCAAGAGAACCCAUCAUCGUUGUUUGCUCAGUUUCCUUAUGGCAAAACGUAUUUCAAGAAGCCAACAGGGCGAUGCUCAGAUGGUUUGUUGAUCGUUGAUUAUAUUGCACUUUCAACUGGUGUUCCUCUUCUUGAUGCUUAUAAAAAUCCAAAUGCUACAUUCACCCGCGGUCGUGGAGUAAAUUUUGCAGUUGCUGGUUCAACUGCUUUGCCUGUACCUGGUUCAAUCACAAAUAGUUCUCUAAGUACACAGCUAGACUGGAUGUUCUCAUAUUUUAAUGGAAUAUGUUUCGAUCCUCAAGACUGUGCUAAUAAACUUAAAGCAUCUCUCUUCAUUGUUGGAGAGAUUGGAAGCAGUGACUAUAACUACGCAUUAUUUCAAGGUAAAACCGUUGAGGAGGUAAAGGCAAUGGUACCUGAUGUUGUCCAAGCCAUAAGCAACGCAAUUAAGAGAGUAAUUGAAUAUGGAGCUAGACGAGUUCUUGUUCCUGGACAUUUUCCGAUAGGCUGUUUACCAAUCUAUCUUACGGGAUUCAAAACCAAUGAUACUACAGCUUAUGAUGAAUUUCAAUGUCUGAAAAAAUUCAACAACCUUUCAAUUUAUCACAAUCAAGUGCUCCAACAAACCAUCGAAGGGUUGAAGAAAGAAUACUCUAAUAUAUCUAUAGAAUAUGGGGAUUACUAUGGUUCAUAUCAAUGGAUUUUGACCCAUGCUUCAUCUCUUGGUUAUGUAAAAUCUUUACAAAAAGCUUGUUGCGGAGUUGGAGGCGAUUAUAAUUUUAAUCCACAGAAGAUGUGUGGAGCUCGUGAUGUAACAGCUUGUGCUGAACCGCAAAAAUUCAUCAGUUGGGAUGGAAUAAAUUUGACACAAGAAGCAUAUAAGCAUAUUGCAAUAAAGCUUAUUCAAGACAUGAAAAUAAAGGGUCAAUGUAGUUAUUAUUAAUUAUUGACUUAAUUUAGCUUAUUUUGAAUAAUAAUAAUAAUAAUAAUAAUAAUUUUAUUGGCAGA